AUGUCUAUCGAGCCACCCUUAUCCCCAGUCUCUACCGCUUCCGACAGCAUCUCCAUAGCAUCCACACCUUCAAGAUACACCCGGCACAGUCAGGAUUUGGCCGACAAUGCACUUCAGCCCCACCUCUCCAGGACGAGUUCGACGAACGCCGUUGGUGGUAUCGUCCCAACUCGAACAUGGACUCAAGGCACCGCCGGCACCGCUGCUACCCAGGACAUGGCUUUUGAAGUCGAUUUCGACCAAGACACGAGAGAAAAUCCACAGGACUGGGCCCUCUGGUAUAAAGGCAUCGUCAUCAUGAUCUUCAGCUUAGCAACCACUUCUACCGUCCUGUACUCGACUUCAUAUACCUCUGCUAUUCCAGGCAUGACCAAAGAGUGGGGCCUGUCGGAGAACGAGGGCAUCUUGGGAGUGACGACCUAUCUGCUCGGUAUGGCCACUGGGUCGGUCGUGCUCGCUCCACUCAGCGAGAUGUAUGGUCGCCGGAUCGUCUAUCUCAUCACCAUGACCCUUUUUGUUGUCCUUGUCAUCCCUUGCGCACUUGCGAAGAACAUUGCAACAAUUCUGGUCAUUCGUUUCUUGGGCGCUUUCUGCGCGGCCGCCAUGAUCAGUAAUGCUCCAGGAACCGUUAAUGAUAUCGUCGACGAGGAUCACCGAGCGCUGGCCUUCUCCGUGUGGUCCAUUGGGCCAAUGAAUGGUCCGGUCAUCGGUCCGGUCGUAGGGGGGUUCGUGUAUCAAUAUCUGGGUUGGAGGUGGACGAAUUGGGUCGUUGUGAUAGUUUCCGGCGUUGCGUGCAUCCUCGUUGCUUUGGUGCCCGAGACAUAUGCGCCUGCUCUUCUCAGACGCAAGGCGCACAAAAAGCGCAAAGACACUGGAGAUAAUACCUGGUGGAGCCGCUACGACGACACCGAGAAAUUCUGGCCUCUACUGAAGCUGAACCUGUCCAGACCAUUCAUCUUGACAGUAACGGAGCCCAUUUGCAUGUUCUGGGAUGUGUAUAUAGCACUCGUUUAUGGCGUGCUCUAUCUUUGCUUCGUUGCAUAUCCAAUCGUGUUCCGCGAUCUACGCGGCUGGACACCUGGAUUUACCGGCCUUUCAUUUUCCGGCAUCGGGAUAGGCGGCAUGGUCGUCAUCGUCUCAGAGCCCUUGAUCCGCCGCAUGAUCAAUGCGCAUAAACAUGAUCCCGAGACCGACCGUCCUUAUCCGGAAGCUAUGGUCAGCGUGGUGUGCAUUGCCUCCGUUUUGAUCCCUGCGGGCGAGAUUAUCUUUGCUUGGACUUGCACUCCGAAUGUGCAUUGGAUCGUGCCCAUCUUAGCCGGCAUUCCCUUCGGUGCCGGAAACGCAGGUGUCUUCAUCUACGCGAGUAACUACCUCGUCCAAUCCUACGGCAUCUACGCCGCAUCCGCACUCGCUGGAAACGCCGUAUUACGAUCCGUCAUGGGCGCCACCCUACCACUUGCCGGACCUUCACUUUACCGAACUCUCGGUGCGAAUUGGGCUGGCAUGCUCCUCGGACUUCUCGAGGCACUGUUCAUCCCCAUCCCCUUCAUUUUCUAUCGCUACGGCCACAAAAUCCGUGAGAAGUCGGCUUUGAUUAGACGCAUGGCUGAGGAUCGGAGGAGGAGGGAGACGAGACAGAAGAAGGGUGUGGAAAGGAGUAGUCGGAGGGCGGAAUCUGAGGUUAUGGUUGGUGGGGCCAUGAGUACUGGAGCGGCUUUGGAUGAGAAGUUCGAUGUGGAAAGAGAGGGGAUUCGUGCGGUUUAG